AAUACGCCUGGCAUCUAAGUCCACCCACUCCAGACUUUGGCCUUAGCAGUAGCUAAUGUGGGAGGCUGGGAAGACUGGGAGGAGUCUCUUAAACAAAAGCAAAAGAAUCAGCUUCGGGUGCUGUAGUACCUGCCAGCUUUCCCCCCAGGAGCCUAGGCUGCCACCUGUAGGUCACUUGGGCUCCAGCUAUGUGGCUGCCUCUGCUGCUGGGUGCCUUACUCUGGGCAGUGCUGUGGUUGCUCAGGGACCGGCAGAGCCUGCCCGCCAGCGAUGCCUUUGUCUUCAUCACCGGCUGUGACUCAGGCUUUGGGCGCCUUCUGGCACUGCAGCUGGACCAGAGAGGCUUCCGAGUCCUGGCCAGCUGCCUGACUCCCUCUGGGGCCGAGGACCUGCAGCGGGUGGCCUCCUCCCGCCUCCACACUACCCUGCUGGAUAUCACUGAUCCCCAGAGCGUCCAGCAGGCAGCCAAGUGGGUGGAGACGCACGUUAAGGAAGCAGGGCUUUUUGGUCUGGUGAAUAAUGCUGGUGUGGCUGGUAUCAUCGGACCCACACCAUGGCUGACCCGGGAUGAUUUCCAGCGGGUGCUGAAUGUGAACACAAUGGGUCCCAUCGGGGUCACCCUUGCCCUGCUGCCUCUGCUGCAGCAAGCCCGGGGCCGGGUGAUCAACAUCACCAGCGUCCUGGGUCGCCUGGCAGCCAAUGGUGGGGGCUACUGUGUCUCCAAAUUUGGCCUGGAGGCCUUCUCCGACAGUCUGAGGCGGGAUGUGGCUCAUUUUGGGAUACGAGUCUCCAUCGUGGAGCCUGGCUUCUUCCGAACCCCUGUGACCAACCUGGAGAGUCUGGAGAAAACCCUGCAGGCCUGCUGGGCACGGCUACCUCCUGCCACACAGGCCCACUAUGGGGGGGCCUUCCUCACCAAGUACCUGAAAAUGCAACAGCGCAUCAUGAACCUGAUCUGUGACCCGGACCUAACCAAGGUGAGCCAAUGCCUGGAGCAUGCCCUGACUGCUCGACACCCCCGAACCCGCUACAGCCCAGGCUGGGAUGCCAAGCUGCUCUGGCUGCCUGCCUCCUACCUGCCAGCCAGCCUGGUGGAUGCUGUGCUCACCUGGAUCCUUCCCAAGCCUGCCCAAGCGGUCUGUUGAAUCCAGCCUUCCAGCAAGAGAUUGUUUUUCAAGGGCAAGGACUUUAUUUCUGCCCCCACCCUGGUACUGCCUGGUGCCUGCCACAAAAUAAGCACUAACAAAAGUGUAUUGUUUAAAAAAUAAAAAGAAGGUGGGCAGAAAUGAAUGUGCCCAGUGGAAGGCUGACCCCAUUUAAGUGCCAACUACUACAAACCGA